GAGCCCGCCAAGGCGCUCGCGGCGGCGCCUGCGCAGCUGCAAGCAGGCGGGUGGGCUGGUGGCGGUGGACGCGUUGGAGCCGCGGGCCGUCAGAGUCUCCCCUUCUGGAGCAUGCCCCCCGAGCUGUUCCGUUCCGGGCUGUGCUAGCAGGACCCUUCCCAGGAAGAGCAAUGGCAGCGGCGGCGGCGGCGGCGGCUUCGCACCUGAACCUGGACGCCCUCCGCGAGGUGCUGGAAUGCCCCAUCUGCAUGGAGUCCUUCACCGAGGAGCAGCUGCGGCCCAAGCUCCUGCACUGCGGCCACACCAUCUGCCGCCAGUGCCUGGAGAAGCUCCUGGCCAGUAGCAUCAACGGCGUCCGCUGUCCCUUCUGCAGCAAGAUCACGCGCAUCACCAGCCUGUCACAGCUGACAGACAACCUGACGGUGCUGAAGAUCAUCGACACGGCGGGGCUCAGCGAGGCGGUGGGGCUGCUGAUGUGCCGGGCGUGCGGGCGGCGCCUGCCGCGGCGCUUCUGCCGCACCUGCGGCCUGGUGCUGUGCGAGCCGUGCCGCGAGGCCGACCACCAGCCCCCCGGCCACUGCACGCUGCCCGUGAAGGAGGCGGCCGACGAGCGGCGCCGGGACUUUGGCGAGAAGUUGGCCCACCUGCGGGAGCUCAUGGGGGAGCUGCAGCGGCGGAAGGUCGCCUUGGAGGGCGUCUCCAAGGACCUGCAGGCCAGGUACAAGGCGGUGCUGCAGGAGUACGGGCACGAGGAGCGCAGGGUCCAGGAGGAGCUGGCUCGCUCUCGGAAGUUCUUCACAGGCUCCUUGGCCGAGGUGGAGAAAUGCAACAGUCAGGUGGUGGAGGAGCAGAGUUACCUGCUAAACAUCGCGGAGGUGCAGGCCGUGUCUCGCUGCGACUACUUCCUGGCCAAGAUGAAGCAGGCGGACGUCGCCCUCCUGGAGGAGACGGCCGACGAGGAGGAGCCGGAGCUCACGGCCAGCCUGCCCCGGGAGCUCACCCUGCAGGACGUGGAGCUCCUGAAGGUGGGCCACGUCGGGCCCCUGCAGAUUGGGCAGGCUGUGAAGAAGCCUCGCACGGUCAACAUGGAAGACUCCUGGGCGAUGGAGGCCGCGGCCUCUGCUGCCUCCAGCUCUGUUACAUUUAGAGAGAUGGACAUGAGCCCCGAGGAAGUGGCUGCCAGCCCCAGGUCCUCACCUGCUAAGCAGCGGGGUUCCGAGACGGCCGCCAACGUCCAGCAGUGUCUCUUUCUCAAGAAGAUGGGGGCCAAAGGCAGCACCCCAGGCAUGUUCAACCUCCCCGUCAGCCUCUAUGUGACCAGUCAGGGGGAGGUGCUGGUGGCCGACCGCGGCAACUACCGGAUCCAGGUCUUCACCCGCAAAGGCUUUUUGAAAGAGAUUCGCCGCAGCCCUAGCGGCAUCGAUAGCUUCGUGCUGAGCUUCCUGGGGGCUGACCUGCCCAAUCUCACUCCUCUCUCGGUGGCCAUGAACUGCCAUGGGCUGAUUGGCGUGACUGACAGCUAUGACAACUCCCUCAAAGUGUACACCUUGGAUGGCCACUGUGUGGCAUGUCACAGGAGCCAGCUGAGCAAACCCUGGGGCAUCACAGCCCUGCCGUCUGGCCAGUUCGUGGUAACCGAUGUGGAAGGGGGAAAGCUCUGGUGCUUUACCGUUGACCGAGGAGAAGGGGUGGUCAAAUACACCUGCCUGUGCAGUGCUGUGCGCCCCAAGUUUGUCACCUGUGAUGCCGAGGGCACCGUCUACUUCACCCAGGGCUUGGGCCUUAAUUUGGAGAAUCGGCAGAAUGAGCACCACCUAGAGGGCGGCUUCUCCAUCGGCUCCGUGGGCCCUGAUGGGCAGCUCGGUCGCCAGAUUAGCCACUUCUUCUCGGAGAACGAGGAUUUCCGCUGCAUUGCUGGCAUGUGUGUGGAUGCCCGUGGUGACCUCAUCGUGGCGGAUAGUAGCCGCAAGGAAAUUCUCCACUUUCCCAAGGGUGGGGGCUACAGCGUCCUUAUCCGAGAGGGGCUCACGUGUCCAGUGGGCAUCGCCCUCACUCCUAAGGGGCAGCUGCUGGUCUUGGACUGUUGGGAUCACUGCAUCAAGAUUUACAGCUACCACCUGAGAAGAUACUCCACCCCUUAGGGCCUGGGAAAUAGCGGUUUCUUCUGUUCCCCGGCCAACUUCCCUUCCCUGAUCCCUUGGUUGUCGGUGGUACUGUAGAGUAGACCUGGCCUGUGUCCUCAUUCCAGCUGGCUAGUCCUAGAAGUUUAGAAGCUCUUUUAGUUUUUUAUUUGCAUUAUCUCCCCCACCCCACCCCAAAUUUAGAGCUGUCACAGAUGAAUUGCCCCAAACAGGACCCAUGGUGGAGUAGCUGAAGCCUGACUAGAACUUAAGGCACUUCCAAGGCUUCAGGAGAGAACCUUUGCCCCGAAUUUGGAAUUUGCCCUCGUGGUGAACCCUCGCUGGUGUUCCUCUCUUUUGGCUUUGAUGACCCUGCUCCAUUAUUUCCUUCCUAUUGUAACGUGUUUCAUCUGUGACACUUUCUCUUCAACUCUGCUGCAUUCGGUGUACAUGCUUCAGUGGGGUCUGCUCCAUCUUUCAGUGACAUUGUAGACAUCAUAUCCUUGUGGCCUGAUGUCACAUCUGAUCACCUUUACCAGUGUGGAAGCUCAUUCAUUUAAUGCCACCAAGGGAGUUACAUAGUCCCUUUGGGAAGGAGUCCCUCUCGGCUCUGGGGGUUUUGUGCCAUCUUGGAUUGGUCUCUAAUCGCGGGUGUGGCAGAGAAUGCAUUGACCCCAGUUGGUUGGUAUUGAAGACUGCAGUCUGGAAAUUGCUUGCCUUCUGAAGGAGCAUAUGGAUCGGAAUUAUGCCAAAGCAUAGGAAGAUGGGAAAAAAGAAACAUAAAUGCUAACACAGUCAGCGAACAGUCUUGGAUAGUCUCUAGAGCUCAUCAUUUUUCAUACUACCUCUCUCCACUGACCUGUGCGGAGUGUGGUCUGUGGAAUUACACAACACAGGCCAGGGCCAGCAAAGUGGGGAGGUGGACACAUCUCAUUUCAUUAGUGAAACAAAACUAUCAGGUCCUGAUUCUGUAUUUUCCUCAAGUGAGUGUGUAGUAUUUGGUUUUGGGGUUAAUUUCCAUUCCUGUAUUAAAUGAUGCAUAACUGUUUCUUCGUCACUGGCGUUCAUCUUUUCAUUAAAUGCGGGAUUUGGGAGGUGAGGAGAGGGUAAGUGACACCACACUGUUUUGCUUCCAUGUCCGACAGGGCAUUCUUGGAGAGCAUUAAGGAUCCGCCCAGGUGAAAAUUCAGCCAAAAGCACGAUCAUGUGACAAUGAUGCAAAUCUUAUUCCCACAUAUUCGUAAACGUGUAGAGAACCAACCCCCAAGCUCUAGAGUCACCAGCACCCAGUUCUAAACUGAGUCUUCCACUGUCUCUCUUUUGUCUUUACGAUUAUCGUUCAGAAAAAGGAAGAAGCCUUGUGUUUUUACGACCAGAAGUGGGUGAGGGACUUUGUGACAACAGUCUUCAAGCUUUGGUGUUUACUAAGCAACAUAUCUUGCUCUUUAGGUAUAGGGCUGACGGCAAGCCAGAGGCAAGUUACCUGCUUUCACGGCAACAAAAUCUGCUAAGCUGAGCUAACUCAAAAUUGUUAUUUUUGCUUUUUUGGUUUUUGGGGGUUUUUUGGUGGUGGUAGCAGACACACUUUUUUUUUGACUUCUGUUGUAAUAGUUGCCAAAGGAUAGGAAAA